AUGUCGUUUAGAUAUCUGCACGCGGUACUGAAGAAGAAUGCGAUCGUCACCGAGUACAACCGCAUAUUGUUGGUUGAGGCGCUGCGGGCGACAUCGGAAAUACUAAUAUGGGGAGAUCAGAACGAUCCAUCGGUUUUCGAGUUCUUUCUUGAAAAAGGCAUGCUCGCUCAUUUCCUGUAUCUCAUGCGUCAGAACUGCGGCCGGUUCAUCUGCAUCCAGCUGCUUCAAACGCUGAACAUCCUUUUCGAAAACAUCAGAAGUGAAGUGGCUCUGUAUUACUUGUUGUCGAACAAUCACGUGAAUUGCAUAAUCAAUCACCGUUUUGAUUUUUCUGACGAAGAGAUUCUUGCUUACUACAUUUCAUUCUUGAAAACGCUCUCCAUUAAGCUUAAUGGAAAGACAAUUAACUUUUUCUUCAAUGAAAGCACUAACGAAUUUCCUCUCUACUCAGAAGCUAUUAAGUUUUUCAACCAUAGCGAACGAAUGAUUCGGAUAGCUGUUAGAACGUUAACCCUGAACGUGUUUCGAGGUUUUUACAUGAAGCUAGAGAAACUACUUGACUCGAUAGCUGAACAUCUGGAUCAUUUCCAUUACUUGAACGACAUACUCAGCCUGAACAUGGCCUCCAUCAACGAAAUGCUUUGCGACAGGCUAUUUUCUGAUCUGUUCUUGCCGCUAUAUAUAGCUUCGCUCAGAAGAGAUCCGGAGGUAAAGCAUUUGCUAGAUUUCUGUUUGUUGUUCUUAACUGCCUCGUGUUCAUACCGAAUUGAUUCACUCAUUGUGGUGGAUGGUUAUUUGUUUUACUCUCUUUGGAGAUCAAUGCGAGCAAGGGGCCAUCCUUUAAAGAGUGCGCAGCGACGGACUUGCAUUCGAGAAUGUAUUUUUAAUCUUUGA